AUGGAAGCCUCAAAAAUGAAAAGUGUGUCUAAGAUGUUUUCCUUGGGGGUUAAGCUACGUACCAACAAAGGGCAGAUAUCACAAAUGAACAGUCGACUUCAAUCAACUUUCUCCAACGAGAAAGGUUUGUUUCCAUCCUUGGAGACAAUAGAUAUAAAGGAUUUAAUGAAUGAGAAUAUCAAAUUUGGAAACAGAACGUAUUUUAUUGAAAGAAGUGGCACAGGUAAUCUCCCAAUUUACACAGAUUUUAAAAGUGCUGGAAAUAAGCAAGUAACGGAAAUUAGGAGGAUAAAAGGUGAUGCAGUUCAAUUAAAGAAAGACCUUCAGAAGAAUUUCCCAACGAUUCCAAGUAAAUAUUGGAAAGUGAUGCCACAAUCGCAGAAGAUUAUAAUUCAAGGUGACUUAGUAAAACCAUUGAAAAAGUUACUUUCAAAAAUUUUUUAG